AUGGAUAUCGCGAGAACGGUACAAGGCAGCAGGGCUAUAGCGCUGUACGCUUUCGACUCUCCAAAGAGUCCCGAAUCAUCCACCAGCAGCCGCGGGCGAACCAAGGCCGAGCACGACGGAGACAAACCCAGCAAGCCAAGCACGCCUUUCAGCAGGGGCAAGUCGCGGGCCGGCCGCACGUCAACCAGCACCACCUCCAGCAGCACCACUCCCGCGCCCACCUCCAGCGGAAACGACGACUCAGCGGCAGAACCAAAGCCGGGAGGCUUGCUGAAACUCGACAUCCCCCACACCACUGGCCUCGACAACUGGAUAAGCUUUGGUGCUCUUGGUAGUACUGCCCGGCCUGAUGAGAUGAGUGGUCCUGCGCAUAUACUUACGAGGACGGCUCCGGCUGUCGUCACCACCACCACCCCUACGAGCGCAACCAAGUCGGCCACCAGUCCAGCAAAUACCCACAGGCUGUCCACCCUCUUUACCUCCGGCCGCUGCAACUCUCUUCCCAGUCGCAUCGAUUUCCUCAACUCUCCCACCAGUCCCAUCUCCCCCACAAGCGUUCCCCCGACCCUCCCCGACCUCAAUGUUCCUCUCACACUAGACUUUGCUGCAGAGCUUGAACGGUCGUUAAGCAUUGGCUCCAAGAUUGAGCCUUUGCGUGGUGUGGCCCUGAAAGAAACAGUCGUUACCAUCAAGGACGCAGAGCCAGAAACACCGCCCGCCGCCAGUGCGCCAGUUGCGCCCGCUGUUGUACCCGUUAGCACAACCGAGCCGACCAGAACGAAGACGACCACGACCACAACCACGACCACAACCUUAACGGCCCCGAUCAUUCCCCCAAAAUCGCCGGCGCGGGAACCCCUUCCUCGGAGGAAAUCAAUGAUUGAUCGUCCGCGCUCAUGGAUGCCUGGUUCGACCACGACUGUUAUUUAUGACGCCAGAGAGACCGCCGAGGACCGUCGCACCAGAAAAUUGUCGAAGCCGAAUCAUGCUGGAGGGGCGCGGGAGGUCGCGCAGGAAGUGCAGAGACCCAAGACGGCCAGUGUAGAAUCCUUUGCCGAUUAUGCGAAGCGCUCGUGGAUUUCGACUUCGAGGUCUCCGUCUCCACCUACAAAAAAGCUCGAAAGACAAUCACCAGCGGAGGGACGCAGGACGUCCAGAGGAUUGCUCGGGCUUGGCAGUAAGAAGGAGAAAACUGCUGGGGGUGUUAGUGGGAGCGGCGCCACAGCGGCAGGUGGUGACGCACCACAAGAGAGUAGCCGGAGCCGAGCUCUACAGCGGGCAAGUACCUUUGUGGCUCGGAUGAAACAGCGACCCCAAAGUGUCUUCUCCAAAAGCUCGUCAUCCACCUCGGUAUCAGCUUCGUCUGUCAACAGCUCAAAAUCAAGUGACAUUGACAGCAGCGCAUCCUCCAGCAUUGACAACAGUAGCGCUUCCGGGGUAAAGCCCGUUGAUCAGUCCACCACUUCUUCCACGACCACAACCACAAAGUUGUUGCAAGCAAAGGAUGCCAAACACGAUGUUUCGAGCAGCAAUAGCGACGCCCCAUCAACAACCAGGAAUUCGUCUUUGGACACUACUGUUACAGCAGCUACCUCCGAAAACGCAUCCCAGUCCACCGCAGAGACGAGCAUCACGAUGCCAAACCCUUCCUCCGGCGACCCCCUAUGGUCGACCUUCCGAACGCUCGAUAGCGAGUUUUCCAAAUUCGUGGCCAAGAAUUCGACCCCCAUGCGAAUGAAUGUAGUACGAUCGACGCUCGUACCUUUCCUCCGCAGCACGUCACACCACCCGUCCAACUCGAACACAAAGCAGCUUUCACCAGAAGACUUUGAUCGCCGAGCAACAAUAUUGAAUAAAUGGUGGAACGGUCUCUUGGACAUGUUGGAUGCUGGGCAGUCCAGGCUGGAAAGGAAUGCUUUCGCCGUGUCCAUGGGCACCGGCUCUGCCAUGUCCCCUCCUCCCACGUUGGGCACUAAUCUGCAACCAGUGGCAGGCAUCGACAGGCCGAUAUUACUCGAAACCAUCACCAUUAUCAUGAUGCGUCCAGAGUGGAGGUCAUGCACCAGUUCCUUCCAGCCGCUAUCAAAACGUUCCCCAGAGGAGCGUGUGCGCGCCCGAUCGUCGACACAGUCCACCGCAGACGAAACCGAGCUGGCUGCCAUUGACUUUGUCGCCCAAUCCGCCGAGCACAAUGUGCGGACCAUGUUCGUCAACAGCCUUACCAGGCAGAUGGCUCUCGUGGUGGAUAAGUUGUCACUACGACAUGCGCCUCUCAGCUUGGUCAACUGGAGCGGCAAGGCAUGCGCCUAUGCCUUUUUCUUCGUUCCUGGGAUAGCCGACGUCCUUGUGCGCCUUUGGCAAUUGAAUAGCGAUCUUCUGCGCCGGACGUCAGACGAGUUCAAGCUUCCAAGGAGGAGUAAGGGCGAGAGCGAGGACAUUGUGGCGCUGUUCCCACCACAUCUUGGGAAGCUGGGUUGGACGUCAGUCAAGACACUGGGCAACAGAUUGCGCCUGGCAGCAAAGCUACCCUUGAACCAAGCCAAGAUUGCCUGGCAUGGUCCCUGGGUCUCCAGAUGGCGAGGAGGCGAUACCGACUUGUUCUAUGUCUUCUGCAAGUACUAUCACAUUCUGUCUGCUGACUUCAUGCCGGAAGGUCUUCCUCUCGUCGAGAAGGCGCGUGCCCCAGCUUUUGUCCUGGUGCAUGCUCAGCUUCUCUCAACCUUGGACGGCGCGAUUCACCGUCAGGCCUCUAUGGAUGCAUUGCUGGGACCACCGAUCGCCGAUAGUCUCCAUGGUACCGACGCGACCAUGACCGGAGCAACUGGACUCUCGCUACCCAGCAAUGUCUUGAAGGGAAUGGACGAGAAUAGACUUGUUGCCUUGCUGAAGGAUAUGUUGUCGGAGAAGUCUGUGGUUGGAUCCGAGAUCAGGCAUAACUUUGCCGAGUCUUUCAUGGCUGUUAUGGUCGCCGCUACCAAGCGGACAUCCAGAUAUGAGCACGCCGCUUGUUUCAUGCUUUGCGAUUUCCUCCAGGAGGCACUUACGGCGCUCAACACGUACCAGGACAGUCAGAACAACAGUGUCGCCACCUCGCCUAUUCAGGAGACGAUGCCCACCUCCGCCUUCGAUACCUCUAGUUCGCUUGUUAACUACAUUGACUGGCCAUUCUGGUUCGAGGUCGGCAAGAUGAUCAUGGAUUCCAACAAUACCAUGUCGGAGAUUCGCAUCAUCUCGUUCAUCUACUCGGUGUGGGAUGCUAUCGUUGCUGAUCCGGCACGCAAGGAGAAACUCUGCUGCGAGUGGUUGUUGACGGAGGAGACGUUUGAGAGGUUCUUCAAUCAUUGGUGUCCCAUGGUUCGCGCCUAUUAUAUGCGUCUGCUGUGUUGGCGUGUCUGUAGGGACACUGGUUCUGUGAACGAGCUGGACAACAAAAUCUUCCUGCUUGUUGCACAGCGAUUGAGGACUGUCUGGUCGCAUUACCUAUGGAUGUGGCAGACUGCUGAAGCUGAGGGUCGUAUACCUCCUUCAACGGCACCCUGCCUACCAACUCCUGGCAAGCGAUUCCUCAUCAUUCGAAGCGAAGUUCAACCAGCGCAAACGCCUUUAUAUCUUGGCUUCGACUCCUUCACCAGCUCCUUCCCAGGAAUAGAUGGCCCCUCCGACUACCAGUUCACCAGUAAUGAGAACAGGUCAAGCGUGAGGGUCGAAGAGACAUCCAAGAAGAGAUGGUCUCUCCUGGGCAAGGUUCUCAACUUUACCGCUUCGCAGGCUCAACCCUCCAAUAGUGCCACAAAUGGCAAGCGCACAUGGGAUGAAGAACUCGAGCAAGCUAGGCGCGAAACGGCUGCGGCCGCUGCAGCUCGGGCUGGUCCUCCUCCGCCUCCGAAGCAGAACUCCUCGAUGAACGCCAAGCCGUCAUCCGACUCGGCUUCCUCAACCGGAUCCGCUCCCGUCUACGAUGUGGCCACCUUCGUCUUCCGGUUCGCUCUCACUUGGCAAGGUACGAACGGCCUUGUUGGACCCCAACGGGAUAUGGUCCUAUACCGGCCUCGCCUUCCAGCCCCCGCUCAAUCCAGGGUUCUCACCCGGGCCAUCGUCUCCGACGGAUCUCCCAACGGCGAGAUCUACAGCAGCCCUGGAUCGCACCUUAUCAGGCCCGGUCUUCCACCUGUCACCCGUCGUUACAGCGGACAAUCAGAGACUGGCCUGAUCAACCAUGUCCGCAACGCUCGUCCUCUUUCCAUCGACACCUCGCCACCUCCCCCAGAAAGAAACCCCAACCGCCGCCGCUCAACAAGUAUUAACCUCGCAAUCCUCCACGGUGUUGGCGAGUCUGAUGACAAAAGCGCGCUGGUCAAGACACGCUCCGCUGCAAGCAUGCAAGACAGCAGUCCAUUUUCCCGCGCCUGCUCACCGCCGCCUGCUGGGUUCGACAGCGAAGUCAAUCGUUUGAACCUCGCCGUCCGCGCUCAGAAGCCUGUGGGGAUCUACGCCUCGGGCGCGGUGUAUUCUGGCAGAGCGCUGGCGGAAUGGAGCCUGGUGGUGAGUGAGUGUAACAGCUUUAUGGAUAGGAGGAGGGACGAGGGCGUGUUGGGACUGAGGGAUGUGGAGGUGCCCAACUUGGGAGUGGAAGGAAUGGGGUUGAAGAGAGGGGGUUAA